AUGGCGUGGUAUUGCUCUGGCUCGACUAACGACGAGCUAGUUGAGAAUCUAUUUAAGGUGGGACUUAUAAAGAAUGAGCGGGUCAAGAGAGCCAUGAUGCGCGUCGAUCGGGCUCAUUAUUCCCCCUCGAGACCCUAUUCGGACUCGCCGCAGUCCAUUGGCCAUGGCGCAACAAUAUCAGCGCCACACAUGCAUGGUCAUGCGUGCGAAUAUCUCAUCGAUUUUUUGAAGCCAGGCUCACGGGUACUUGAUAUUGGUUCUGGCUCUGGAUAUCUUACACAUGUCAUUGCUAAUCUUGUUACCGACCCGUCAUCUGCCGGCGGCACCGAUGGCCAUGUCAUUGGGAUUGAUCAUAUACAAGAGUUGGUUGAUAUGUCCCGCAUCAACAUGAGUAAGUCGGAACAGGGCCGCAGGUUCCUGGAAACCGGAAUAGCGAAGUUCAUCUCCGGAGACGGCCGCUUGGGAUGGAAAGAAGAAGCGCCGUAUGAUGCAAUUCAUGUUGGCGCCGCAGCUGAGAAGCUCCACCCUAUAUUGGUCGAGCAGCUCCGCGCACCAGGGCGAAUGUUUAUACCCGUCGAAUCGGAAACCAAUGGAGACGCUUUGGAAAGCCUUGGACUUAGUGGGGGGCAGUAUAUCUGGGUGGUGGACAAAAUGGGGGAUGGUUCAAUCCGCAAGGAAAAGGUAUUUCAAGUGAGCUAUGUGCCACUGACUGAUGCACCCCCUAGAUAA